AUGGACCGACUAGCUUUCAAAUCGACCAAGUCGCAUACCGGAGAUCAAAUGCUCGAGAUACUCGAGUCCCUGGGCGGCAACAUCCAGUGCGCCUCGUCACGCGAGUCGUUGAUGUACCAGUCGGCCAGCUUCAACUCGGCGGUUCCCACGACUCUCGGUCUGCUGGCUGAGACUAUUCGUGAUCCUCUCAUCACAGACGAGGAAGUCCUUCAGCAGCUCGCGACGGCGGAAUAUGAAAUCGGCGAGAUCUGGGCUAAGCCGGAGUUGAUUCUGCCUGAGCUUGUGCACAUGGCCGCAUACAAGGAGAACACCCUCGGAAACCCCUUACUGUGUCCGAGCGAGAGACUGGGUGAGAUCAACAAGGCAGUUGUGGAGAGAUACAGGGAGGUAUUCUUCAACCCGGACCGGAUGGUAGUUGCGUUCGCCGGAGUGGCGCAUGCCGAGGCCAUCAAACUCACCGAGCAAUAUUUUGGUGACAUGCAGACGAGUGAUCUAAGCAAGAGCAACGGUCCCGUUCUGUCUGGGUCGGGCAUUGAAACCACCCUGUCAAAAUCGCCUAAUGCGGCCAAGGAGGGCCAAGUGCCGACAGUUCCUCAGUUCACGCCGUCGUCGACCAUCAGCAGCCCGGCCACUUCUCCCAACUCCCAGUCGUCGAUCCUCUCCAAGCUUCCCUUCCUCAAGAAGCUUUCGCUAUCUACAAAUAACAACGCCACAGUCGAGCCUCUCGACCCGUCCUUGAUCGAGCCAUCUACGCUGGACCUUCGCCGACCCGCUCACUACACCGGCGGCUUCAUUGCCCUUCCUCCGAUUCCCCCGCCAGCAAACCCGAUGCUGCCCCGACUGAGUCACAUUCACCUCGCCUUCGAGGCCCUCCCCAUCUCCUCUCCUGAUAUUUACGCACUCGCGACUCUUCAGACCCUCCUCGGCGGCGGCGGGUCGUUCUCGGCCGGCGGCCCUGGCAAGGGCAUGUACUCCCGCCUCUACACGAAUGUACUGAACCAGCACGGCUGGGUUGAGAGCUGCAUUUCUUUCAACCACAGCUAUACCGACAGCGGAAUCUUCGGCAUUUCGGCGUCGUGCAGCCCAACCCGCACCACCGAGAUGCUCGAGGUGAUGUGCCGCGAGCUGCAGUCCCUGACCCUAGACACGGGAUAUACAGCGCUGCAGGCACAGGAAGUCAACCGCGCGAAGAACCAGCUUCGAUCAUCGCUGCUGAUGAACCUGGAAUCGCGCAUGGUCGAGCUCGAGGACCUCGGGCGUCAAGUGCAGGUCCAUGGGCGCAAGGUGGGCGUGAAGGAGAUGUGUGAGCAAAUCGAGUCUUUGACCGUCGAGGAUCUCCGCCGCGUCGCCAGGCAGGUCUUUGGUGGACACAUCCAGAACAAGGGUCAGGGAACCGGCAAGCCCACUGUGGUGCUGCAGGAGGGCGAGCUAGAGGGCUACAAACUGCGCGAGUUUGCCUGGGAGGAGAUCCAGGAACGCAUUGCGCGGUGGAAGCUGGGCCGGAGGUAA